GAAAUUGCAUUUCCAGCCUUCAGUCCUCUCAAUGCCUUAGUAGCAACUGCCCUAGCUGGUCCGUUACGCGACUUUUGCUCGUCUAAGCACUUCGCUAUUACCAGCCUGGAGGAGAGCUCUGAACCACAUCGAAUACGACAGGUCGUCGGUUGUGCUCCGCGAGAUGUGGCUCAGUCUCAGACUCCACUCGACGAGACGGACUCUAAAGCGUCAGCAUCACCACCUGCUACUUGGUGGCAAUCUUCAUCCCUGUUCACCGGAAGAUGCACGGGACCUGCGGUAGGCUCCGAACCUUUGGGGUCGCAGAUGCCCUCACCAGAUUCCGUCGGUCUUUCUGGCUAUUCUGAGUCAAAGCGGAAACUAACGCCUGGAAGUUUGGGCUUUUCGCUCCCGGGGACUCUGGAAGAAGAGGGUGGGGAGGAGGAACAAGAAGGGAAUGGAGGUGAGGAGGAUGAUAGGAGAAAUGGAGAGGAGUCGGAGGCCGCGCGAGGUGAAUGUGAAGCCAUGAUGUCAGCUCUGGGUCUAGGCCUCGAAUCCGACACUGGAGUAGACGUAGAUCUUUACGGAUCCGGUGCUGAUAAACUUGAAACCUGGGCUGGCGGCUUUGGUGGCACUCUACAAAGACACAGUCUUGGUUGUAUUGAAAUGCGGCCAAGUACCGUACGCCGGAGUAGAGCAUCUCAGCCAGGGUGA